UAGACAAACAUCCCCUCUGAAAUAUGAACUCUCACAUUCCAACACAUACAACGUUCUUCUACAAUGGAAAGUGGAUUCAAGAGAUGGAUUCGCUGCCCCUAACAACUCUCAUCGAGAAGAAGAAUUGGCGUGGUUGGGUCGAUUGGUAUCACGCUGCACCUCAGGCUUCUUAAGCAGUGCUACGAGAUGUUCAACGAGGUGGAUGCCACAAACGGCGUAUGCUGGGACUUUGUCAACAAAGUCGUAGUUACCGAUGAAGCAAUAUGGCAGGACAUAUUCAAGAGGAACUCAUACGCCGGAGCCUACUACUACCGUGAUAAGCCAGAAUUUAACCUUCUAGGCACCGUGUUCGGUCUGUUUGAUGUCAACGUUGAGGACUCCGCCGAGGUCAUAACCCUAUCCGACAACACGGAGAUCGUAGUCUUAUCUGACUCCGCCGAGCCAAAUCAGUCGGUUCGUAGGACCGCAACUGCCAUGUCUAUCGAUCUGAUGAAGUUAACUCACCACCGUCGGGCACAGCCUCGCGUGUUCGUCGUAAGUUCCUUCAGGUGAAUCAAGUUAACAUAGACCAGAUAUCCUCCACGAAAUCACCUAGUCUCAUGGUCCCGACGAAGAAGGUGUUAGGAUCUUCACUGUAAGGUUCACCAUGUGCUUCUUGGAGCCCUCUCCCAAAUUCCCGUAAAACAACCCCAUAAAGGGGUUUGUAGUGGAUCCAAUAUGUAGUCCUUAGCAUUAUGAAUGGUGUAAUUUUUGUUUUGGUGUGCACAUGUGAUGCACUUUAGGAAGCUCUAUCGGAUAUGAUAUUUUCUAUGUUCGCAUGCUUAGAUAAUGGGUAGCUGAAGUAGUUAUCGACGGGUAUGUAUGUCAUCAGUGUAUUAUUAUUU